AUUUCCAUUUUCUUGAAAAGAACAACAUGGCAUCAAGUCCCGCAAGAGAUAACGAGGAUGAUGACUAUAUGAGAAAACUAGAAACCAUAAGAGAUAUAAGGGUGAAGACAUCCCAGUUGGAGAAACUAAAAUCUCAGCUCAUCCAUGAGUUAGAUGUAGCUGAGAAGGAAAGUAAGCUGCUCAAAGACUAUAAGGGAGAAAUGGAAGCUCUCCUACAUGAGAAAAUGGCCCAUGUAGAGGAACUUCGACUUAUCCAUGCUGACAUCAAUUUGGUUUCUCGAGCGUGCCCCUCCGGGUUGGAAGCCAGAACCACAGGAACCUCCUCCUCCCCCAGUGGCAUCCCAGCUGGCUGCAGCAGCAGCGGCCGCCCAGCAGCUCGUCAACAAACGUGGUCCUCCAGGAGAACGACACUUCCGCCAGCAGCAGCCACCCCCAAUGAAAGCGUGCCUGUCUUGCCAUCAACAGAUUCACAGGAAUGCGCCCAUCUGCCCGCUUUGUAAAGCAAAGAGUCGUUCUCGACAUCCGAAGAAAACUAAGAGAAAACAUGAAGAUUGAAUAAGAAGGCAGCCGUGAGGGAUGACACGAUCAAAAAAAGUGACUUUGGCUGUAGCGUUGGAACCCGGAAGUGAACCAGGAAGAAAUAUGAAUUUUAGUUUGAAGUGCUUUAAUCGGUUUAAAUCAUCAAUGAUAAGGAUUCGCAGUUUCUCAGAUUCUCAAGUUCUUUAUGCUCUAAUCGAGACGCUGUGAUUGAGGCUCUUGCAUGAUUUCCGCGUUUUUUGAUUUUUAAUUUAAACUAAUCGAUUUGCUCUUUUAUUGCUUGUUUUGUUUUUCUGUUUGUUUGUUUCUUUUGCUUUCCAAGGAAUGGGUUUGUUGGGUGACUUGGUGAAUGAACGCAUGGAUAUUUCUACUAGACGCUAUAUUCAUUUGAUAAAGCUUUUUUUUUUGUGAGGGCCACAAGUUUAUUAGCUAUGCUAUUAUGUGUUACCCUCGUAAAAUAAAGUCUUUAUUAUUAUUAUUAUUAUUAUUUUUAGUGUGCAUUUAGAUUGACUGUCGUCGAACGAUGUUAGUCUCUAGUGAUUGUUAGAGCCACUGAAUUUUCCCUUAAUUUUUUUUCUCAUUUUCUCGCUUGCUAAAUAUUUAGAUAGUGAAUUUUUUUUUCUUUUUUUCAUUUUCUCGAUUGCUAAAAAUAUAGCGCGGCGAGAGCUUUUGAAGUUGUACCUCAGCGUGAAAUCGCAAACAUUUGCAUGGUGUUUAUAGCAAGAUAUCUCGCAGUAUUUGCCCAAUCAUAGCGGGUGCAUUUCCAUAAUAACUUAACCAAUUAAUAUAGUAGUCUACAAAGACCAAGUGACUUAUUAAACAUGGUAAAUCCAUGAAUACCGCUUAUUAGACCUAUAAUCAUAAUAUAUACAAACUGUAUUUAUUGAAUAGGAAGUUAAGAUCCGUCAUAUUAAUUAUACAUAUACGUGUUAUUUAAACUGAUAUGAUCAUAGUUCCAAAUACCAAUAAAUGUAUUUAACGGUUA